AUGGUUGUUUCUCGGACCCCAAUCUCCCACUCACAACGCAUCGCACUGCGCCGAUACUACCAGACAAUGAAUCCGAAGCCUUCUCAAUCUGAUUUGAGAGCAUGGUUUAAGUCUCGAUUCGGCUACGAUAUUAGUCAAUCCAUUGUCAGUCGGAGCCUCAGCGACAGCUUCGCUUAUCUUGAUGUCUGUGUUGCGGCAGACUUUGGAUAUCGAACACGAAAUUGCCAAUGGCCUUGGAUAGAGACUUUGCUCACAGAUUGGCUUCAAGAAGUGGAGGCUCAGUCCGGUAAAGUCUCAAACAAAAUCAUCGGACGUAAAGCCAAGCAGCUAUGGGAUCAAUCAGACGAGUCGCAAGGUCUAGCGACGCCAAAAUUCUCUACUGGCUGGGUUAUGAAAUUUAGAAGAAGGCAUGAGAUGAGGCUUCAAUCUUCCCCAGCACAAUGUCACAUAAUCGUGACACCAGACCAUUCAUCGGGCGAAAAUUCUUUUUCGCCGUCACAUAGAAGCUCUGCGGAGACACAAGCUUUAGUCUCAUUUUCGCCACAAUCAGAGGCAUCAACAACGAUCUCUUCUACAAACAACAUCAGCCUCGAUUCCGAAAUCAACGCAUCGGCAAUGCCCACCAUUUCCUCUGAUCACCUCAUCCACCUUGUUCAACACAAUUCUUAUCGGGCGUUAAUGUCUAAUAAGUCUCUGCUACUUACAACAUCGCUGAUUUUGGAGGCAUCAAAUCUCACAGCAUCUAUCAAGCAGUUCGCUACUAAGGUUUGUGGUGGCCUAACAGUCAUCCGCCCCAUUGUUGGUCAAGAUAUCCCUGAUUCGCUAUAUCCGACGCAAUUACAGAUGAAUUGUGCUCACACGGGCUUGAUUAAUAUGUUUCCUUUCCCAAAGUUUCGAGACAACCUCAUCCAGAAAGGUGUGGAUUUCGUACCUGAAGAAAUGUGCCGGGACCUCUUUGGGGAUAUAUUUCCAGAUUAUGUUACGCCAAUACCUGAUGCUGAUGAAUGUACACUAAAUAUGCGUGACGUUUUAUCAGCAGUGCCGUCUUCUCUAGGGAAUGGCGGCUCUGGAAUCGAGGAUUUCGAAGAUCAGGAUGAUUAUACAGCUGGGCGUAGAUGUCUGAUUACCUGGGGUGAUCCAUGGAGAGUAGAAAGUUGGGAAGUCACUCCCGGAUUUCUAAGGAAAUGGGGCUGGUCACUAGAAGGAUGUGAUGAUUUGAUCCAAUCAAGUAAUCGAUGGCGUGCACUAAGAAACGAGAGGCCGAUAACGUGGAUUUCAUGUAUUAGAAACUCGACUGUUGGAGUCUCUUAG